UCAUUCCUCAAGAAGGUUGAUGAACUCCCACAUGGAGCUGCCUGGAGCUGUAAGAAGAUUAGCAUUCAGAGAAAUAGAACAGAUGAAAAAGGUGAACUGUUGCAUGAAGAUGUUGAACUGUGGAUGUGCAAUCCCAUAGAGUGCAUCAAAGGCUUGAUUGGAAAUCCUUUGUUCAAGGAUCAAAUGGUGUACACACCUGCCUGUGCAUACAUGGACUCUGCAGGACUCCACUGA